CAGAGCAUGGGGAUAUAGUGGGCGGAUGUGACUGCUGGUGUCUUGAGAGGCCUAGUCCAGCUGAACAAUCAAGUAGAGCUGAUUGGAGCCCAACCCAGCCAACAUCAUGUCAGGAAAGAAAAACCAUGAAAGCUCCCAUCAGACUCAAGCCCAUCUUAUAACAACUGAGCUCCGGUUCCCUGUGAGCUACGUGGACCGCCUCCUGCAGGAGGACCAAUACACACAUCGUCUGAGUUCAUCCACAACUGACUUCCUCCUUGCCAUGCUUGACUACCUCACUGACUACAUUCUGGACCUGGUGGGCACUGAGGCCAACAACAACAUGCUGACUGCCCCACAAGAUGUGGAGAGAGCAGUGGACAGCGGUGGAGACCCCCAUCCACGCUUGAAGGAUACAGCCUUCACACUGUUCGAUGAGAUGCCUGGAUCCAGAAGGAACGGCUAAAUCCUGAGUUCCUGGAGACUUGUGGCAGUCCUCACAGCCUCAGUCCAAGCCAAGUCUUCUCAUAGCUGAGGAAGCCUGGCUUCUGUCAUCAGUAAAUGAUGUUAAAGGAUUUAAG